GAAGAUGGACCCACAUAUGGAGAUUCAGCCACCCUCUGACUUCCAUCCAUGACCAUCACCACCAACCACCAUUUCAUGAGCACCUGCUCUGUGCCGGGCACUGUUCUGGACAGUGAGAGGGGACUCAAAAGAGAUAACAGGCACAGUCCUGUCACUCAAGCAGCUGGUAAUUUAAUUUGGGAGCUGACACCCACUCAAAUGAUGCGGCGUAAGAACGCUAACAAGAAUUAUUUCACUAGAAUGAGUACAAAAAAAAAAGUUCUUGCUUUUGUCCGUGUCAAACCCACAGAUGACUUUGCUCAUGAAAUGAUCAGAUACGGAGAUGACAACAAAACCAUUGAUAUUCACUUAAAAAAAGAUACUAGGAGGGGAGUUGUCAAUAACCAGCAGACAGACUGGUCGUUCAAGCUGGAUGGAGUUCUCCAUGAUGCCUCCCAAGAUUUGGUUUAUGAGACAGUCGCAAAGGACGUGGUUUCUCAGGCCCUCGAUGGCUAUAAUGGGACCAUUAUGUGUUAUGGGCAGACGGGAGCUGGCAAGACAUACACCAUGACGGGGGCCACGGAGAAUUACAAGCACCGGGGGAUCCUCCCUCGUGCCCUGCGGCAGGUUUUUAGGGUGAUCGAGGAACGCCCCACACAUGCCAUCACCGUGCACGUUUCUUACCUGGAAAUCUAUAAUGAGAGCCUGUUUGAUCUCCUGUCCACUCUGCCCUAUGUUGGACCCUCAGUCACGCCAGUGACCAUCGUGGAAAACUCUCAAGGCGUCUUCAUUAAAGGCCUGUCGGUCCACCUCGCAAGUCAGGAGGAGGAUGCGUUCAGCCUCCUUUUUGAGGGAGAAACCAACAGGAUUAUAGCCUCCCACACAAUGAACAAAAACUCGUCCAGGUCACACUGCAUUUUCACCAUCUACCUGGAGGCCCAUUCACGGACCUUAUCAGAUGAAAAGUACAUCACUUCCAAAAUUAACUUGGUGGACCUAGCAGGCUCGGAAAGGUUGGGGAAGUCUGGGUCCGAGGGCCAAGUCCUGAAGGAAGCCACCUACAUCAACAAGUCGCUGUCAUUCCUGGAGCAGGCCAUCAUUGCCCUCGGGGACCAGAAGCGGGACCACAUCCCCUUCCGGCAGUGCAAGCUCACCCAUGCCCUGAAGGACUCGUUAGGGGGAAAUUGCAAUAUGGUCCUUGUGACAAAUAUCUACGGAGAAGCCGCGCAGUUAGAAGAGACGCUGUCUUCACUGCGGUUCGCAAGCCGGAUGAAGUUGGUCACCACUGAGCCUGCCGUCAACGAAAAGUAUGAUGCUGAGCGAAUGGUCAAGAACCUGGAGAAGGAGCUGGCACUGCUCAAGCAGGAGUUAGCCAUCCAUGACAGCCUGGCCAACCGCUCCCUUGUGAACUAUGACCCCAUGGAUGAAAUUCAGAUUGCCGAGAUCAACUCCCAGGUGCGGAGGUACCUGGAGGGGACGCUGGAAGAGAUCGAUCUCUCUUCCCUCCAGAUAAUUAACCUCAGACAGAUCCGGGAAGUGUUCAACCAAUUUCGGGUGGUUCUGAGCCAACAAGAACAGGAAGUGGAGGCCACUUUGCGCCGGAAGUACACCCUCAUAGACAAGAAUGACUUUGCAGCCAUUUCUGCUGUCCAGAAGGCAGGGCUUGUGGAUGCUGACGGUCACCUAGUCGGUGAGCCUGAUGGACAAGGCUUCGGACUUGGUGUUGCCCCUUUCUCUGCCAAAGCCGGGAAGAAAUCCAAGUCCAGGAAGACAUUGAAAGAGCAGCUCAGCUCCUCGUCAAGAAAGGAAGGUGCCAGCAGCCCUGUGAGUGGCAGGGAUGUGGAUAUUUCCACUUCCAAGACACAGCUGACCCCAGCCUCCAAGGAUGGGGAUGUGAAAGAGAUGCUUUUGCGGGACCGGGAGACCUCCAACAUCGAAACCCUUCCCUCAGACUCCCCGAAGGAUGAGCUACGCCCACCCAGGCCCAGCACCCCACCCUCCAAGCCUGUGGCCUUUGAGGACUUUAAGAAUGAGCGAGGUAGUGAGAUUAACCGCAUCUUCAAAGAAAACAAAUCCAUCUUGAACGAGCGGAGGAAAAGGGCCAGUGAGACCACACAGCGCAUCAAUGCCAUCAAGCGGGAGAUUGAUGUGACCAAGGAAGCGUUAGAUUUCCAGAAGUCACUGCGGGAGAACCAAGGUGACUAUGAAAACAAGGGGCUGAUUAUCAUCGAUGAGGAGGAAUUCUUGCUGAUCCUGAAGCUCAAAGACCUCAAGAAGCAGUACCGUUCCGAGUAUCAGGACCUACGUGACCUCAAGGCUGAGAUCCAGUACUGCCAGCACCUUGUGGACCAGUGUCGCCACCGCCUACUCACAGAAUUUGAUAUCUGGUACAAUGAGUCCUUCUUAGUCCCUGAGGACAUGCAGGUGGCACUGAAACCAGGUAGCAGCAUCCGGCCAGGCAUGGUGCCUGCCAGCAGGAUAGUGUCUCUGGGAGAAGAUGACCAGGACAAGUUCAGCCAGCUGCAGCAGAUGAUGCUGCCUGAUGGCCCUGAUUCCAUCUCCUUCUACAAUGCCAAAGUCAAGACAGAACAAAAGCACAGUUACUUGAAAACCAUGAUGGUCCUCCAGCACGCACAUAGAAAAUAG